CAUCUACUCCCAUCCUUCAUGUUCGCUGCUUCAAUACGCCAUCUUCUCAGAAGAAAUUUCUCCAGCGUUCGAUCUGUAUCUUCAUCUUUGGUUUUCGAUAACCGAAUCUUGCCCGAUUCGAAGCAAACCCUAUUGCAUAGUACGCAGUGUUCUUCCCUAACUCGUUUCGUUUCACCGAUUAAUUCAGGUUCUUCGCGUCUCGGCUUGUUUUCGAUUCGGUUGGAUCAUACUAUGGCUACCCCGUCCCAGACUUCAGUCCAUGACUUCACCGUUAAGGAUGCUAGAGGAAAUGAUGUUGACCUCAGCAUUUACAAAGGAAAGGUCCUCUUGAUUGUCAAUGUUGCCUCCCAAUGUGGCUUGACUAAUUCGAAUUACACUGAACUGAGUCAACUAUAUGAAAAAUAUAAGGGCCAAGGACUUGAGAUUCUUGCAUUUCCCUGCAACCAAUUUGGAAGCCAGGAGCCAGGAACCAACGAAGAGAUUGUGCAGUUUGCUUGCACUCGUUUCAAGGCUGAGUACCCUAUUUUUGACAAGGUGGACGUGAAUGGAAACGAUGCCGCUCCUCUGUACAAGUUCUUGAAGUCGAGCAAAGGCGGGCUCUUCGGAGAUGCUGUUAAGUGGAACUUCUCCAAGUUCUUGGUGGACAAAGAUGGGCACGUAGUUGAUCGUUACGCCCCAACAACUUCCCCCCUCAGCAUUGAGAAGGAUGUGAAGAAGCUGUUGGGAGUUGCUUAGAAAACAUCUGAAGGCUGUGUUUCUUUGUGUUUUGAUUAGAAACUUGAAUAAAGCUGCUGUGUAUUUGCUCUGAUUUGUAUGUGCUUUCUGAAUCUUCCAUGUACUUAGGAGACUGUAAGUUGAGAAUUAUGUAAUAAGUUUCUUAAGCUUUAAUGUAACUGUUCACACUUUGUCUGGGGACAUUGAUCCCAACCAAACGUAGCUGUUCUUAUGUUGGGUUUUGCUCAAAUGUAAUUUCUUCGAAAAAGAAAAUUGAUUACAUUAAUAUCA